GGCGUCUCCUAACGCGCACGGAUUUUCUCUGUCUUCUUCUGCUUUGAGAAAAUCCCAGAGACAAGUUCAUUUCUGACCCUCGGAUGGAGGAAAACGCCGCAAGAUGAAGGGAAGAUAACUUGUGAGGAGGUUUCUCUUUCAAACUACGGGAUAAGAGAACGUCUCCAAAAGCGCACGGACUGUGAGGACGCGCAUCGCUCAGGUGGAGAGUGGGUUUGCGCACAGGAGCGCACAGCUUUGGUCGUCAUGGACGUCAGCACUAAGGGCUACAGCAUGGACAACCUCAACAUGGACAACGUCACCAUGCCUUCCCUCCAUACCAACACCACCAGUGGCAACAUGACGUCAUUACAGAUACCAUUCAGUGGUGUCAUCGCAGUCAUCUACACCAUCGUCUUCAUCGUCGGCUUUCUGGGCAACUCACUGGCCAUCUACGUGGUGGUCCGCUACGCCAAGAUGAAGACGGUGACUAAUCUGUACAUCCUCAAUCUGGCCGUGGCGGACGAACUUUACAUCCUGGGAAUUCCCUUCCUCGGGACCAACAGCAUUCUCUACUACUGGCCGUACGGAGAUUUCUUCUGCAAGGUCUGCAUGACGGCCGACUGCAUGAGCCAGUUCGCCUCCACCUUCUCGCUGACGCUGAUGAGCAUCGACCGCUUCUUAGCCGUGGUUUAUCCUAUCCGCAGCGCAAAGUGGCGAAAGCCUCGGGUCGCCAAGAUUCUCAGCGGCAUCGUGUGGCUCGUGUCUUUUCUGGUGGUGCUGCCAGUCACCAUCUUCUCAAACGUUCAGGAGGUUUUCAACACCUGUAACAUCAGCUGGCCUGAGCCGAACGGCACCUGGUCCAUCGUCUUCAUCCUCUACACGUCUAUCAUGGGCUUCUUCGGUCCCCUGGUCGUCAUCUGCCUCUGCUACCUACUCAUCGUCGUCAAGCUGAGGUCAGCCAGCGUACGCGCAGGCCUGACCAGGCGGCGCAAGUCGGAGCGCAAAGUGACGCGCAUGGUGGUGAUCAUUGUGUUGGUGUUUGUGCUGUGCUGGCUGCCCUUCUACACCACCAACAUGGUCAACCUGGCUUACCCCAUCCCAGAGAACAACGCUACGAUCUACUUCUCCCUGGUCAUCCUCACCUACGUCAACUCCUGCGCCAACCCCGUCCUCUACGCCUUCCUGUCGAAAAACUUCAAGCAGAGCUUCCAGAAGGCGCUGUGCUGUUACAAAAAAUGCACCUCAAAACCGAAAGGAGAUACACAGAAGGAUGCAGAGGUGACACUGCCCAGUUACAUCACUGGAGAUUCUGAACUUCCUCAAAGAAUGGUGAAAGACACUCUUCUGCUCCAGGCCGUCCAGAAGGAGGCUAUUAGGAACCCUGACAGCGAGAUGUUCACUGCAAAACUCGUGGCUAAUGGCCAGUGAUUGAUGUUUUUGUUUUUUAAAUGCGACGCACCGUGCACGAAACGCACCAACACAUGGAACUUGGACAACAUCCCCUUCCCCUCCCCAGCUUUUUAUUGACUGUCCCGUCUUCAUCGCUGAUCAUUCCUCACAGACUGAAACAUUUCCAGAGAGGACCGGCAACAUGCAGCUUUUUUUUGUGUGUGUGUGUGUGUGUUUGAGUGUUUUUUAAAUGUCUCUCUACGUUUUAUCACAUUGUACAAAGCAUUAGUUCAUAAUUUAAUGCUUCUUUAACUUUGACUUUCAUCCAAAUUUAUGUUUAUAUUUAAGUGAAGAAUCUUUUUCUACCACCUGCUUUUGUUAUAAUUCGGUCCCGUUUGCUCUUAAUAUUAUUUCAGUAUUUCCACAACACGGAGAGACAUCUGUUCACAAAGUGCCGAGUUGAAUCUAGGUCAAUAUCGAACUCAGUCGGUUUAAUGGCCGACUCGUGUUUUCGUGUUAAACUCACUGAGGCUUUAAAUCAGAUCUAUAUCUGAUUUAAAAUCAAAUCUAUAUUAAACUCGGCCUAGUGCACAUUUUAAAUAUACGUUAUUAUUAUCAUGCUGCAUUCAAUAUUAAGCUGUUCAAAUAAUACACAGGUUCAAAUAUUAUUUUUUUGUUGACACAGCGAUCCAGUAGUUGUCUGAUGGGAGCAAGUUACACUGUUAGCUUCUUUUCUGCUAAUACUGUAGCGAUAGGGGCGGGGCCUGCUGUGUGCAGAGGGCUUAGAUUGACAGGUCUUGGCUAAAAUAUGUUGGAUUCAUGUUAAUGUGUAUUUAAAGACAUUUAAACUUGUGGAGCAAAAUUAAAAAAAAAUAUAUAUAUGUAUAAAAAAUAUCCAAUCAACCAAAUAUUUUCCAAGGGGCCACGUUACGAAAUUUAGUCGCUCACCAUAUUCCCCCAGAGUUAGAUAAGUGAGGAAGUGAGGGAAAGCUUUUUUAAAUUAGUUCAGGCAUUGUCCCGACAGUUAGCUUUAGCUUAGCAUAGGCGUUGUAAUGUAGAGUUAGCUUGUUGUUCACAAAAGUGAUAAAUAAACUCAAGAAUUUUACGUAUUACUUCUUGUGGCCUGUUCACUCACAUCAAGUACAAACUAGAACAAAGGGAUUGUCUGAGUUUAUUUGUCACUUUUGCGAAGGACUGGCGUAUUGGCCCCUAUGCUAAGCUAAAGCUAACAGCUGCUUAGCUGGAUUAGGACAAUGCCUGGAUGUUUUCUCACUUAUCUGACUCUAGGGAAUACAGGGAGUGACUAAAUUUCACCCAGGGGUGGCGCGUCCCUUUAAUGAUGUCGAUAUCGACCUUCAAACGUUCGCUUCACUUAAUUCCCAGAAAAGUGGAAGAAUUCUUCAAAGACGAGAAACUCAGAGCGAUUAAUUAGUACUGUGGAAAUACAUUAUACAUUUUGCUGAACUUAACCACAUGAGCUGCCUUUCUUAGGGAUCGGCCUUCGCCUCAUUAUUUUUUAUGUUCUUUUUAUUUACAGUAUUUAGUUGUGUCCUGUUGAUUGUUGUAAAUGUGUUUUGAAACAUUGUUGAUGAUCACGACUUGUGUUCUGGUUUUAGUCGGGACAGGUACAUUUUGACGUCAGUGUUACAGAGCUGUGACAAAGGCCUUGAAAAAGACUUGAUGAACUGGUAAAGAGAUUGUUGAUGUUGGCCUUUCACACCCACUGCGAUAUUCUAUAUAUAUAUGUAUAUAUAUGUGUAUCUAUAUAUAAAUAUACAAGGACACAAACAGGACUCGAGCUUGGUCAACUAAAUAAAGACAAAUUUUACCAAAGGACUGCUUUGGUUUGGGGAGAUUUUUUUGGACAUUUGAUAGUUGGUGACUCACAGUGAGACUCCAUUGUUAACCCUAAUCGGGCAUUAUUAUGCGGUAUCAGAGUUUCAUGCAGAAUUAUUACUGGACAUGGGAUAUUUUUGGACUUGAGCAAUUUCAUUCCCACCAACGUUUCUCCUACACACCGUCAGCUCCAGAACGAGAUAAGUUUUCUCCUCUGCUUCGAUUCAAACCUUUUCCCUUGAAGCUUCCGGAGCUGGAGUGGAGGACAUGGUGGAAGUAAAGGAGCACGUAAUUACCGGACUAUCACCUUUAGGCAGCAUGUUUCCUGGACAGCACUGUAGCUUCUCCGUAUCUGAAGCGAAGCAGAGACCCCGUGAACAAUGUUCAGCUGGAGCUCGUUCCAAAAAAGAAGCUCAAAGGACCCGUGGAAGUGUAGAUACCUUUGAGGUGGAUGUGGUGGAUUUAUUUGUCGGUAUUUGUGUUAGAAACACUGUGAAUUUUGGAACAGAUACAUAUAAAAAAAACAAAAAUGAUAGUUUAAUUCAUACAUGUACGUGAGGCUGCUGACAUGCAUGAAACAGUUCCAAGUGCUCAUCCAUCCCACAAACAGAGUUUAUGUUUAUUGCUGUGGAAACGUAUCAGUGUGAAUAUGUGUCUUAGAUGCACUUUAUUUCCAGUCCAACCAAAAAAAUAAAAAAUAAAUAAAAAAAAUUAAAAAAUGGCAGCUUAACGCUUGGAUGUUAACGUCUCAACACGUUUAGUGCAGUUUUGUAAAUGAAGUUAAAACUCAGUAAAUGUCAAGAAGUAGAUUUUAGUCCCAGAGCAACUAAAUGGCUAAAUGACCACACAAAUAAAACAUUUACAAAAAAAACAUUCAAGCAGUUUAGAGUUUUCCCUGUGGACUGGCAUUUUAUUUGCUGUUGUUUGUGGUGGUGGUGGGAUUUUUCUUUUAGUUUUUCCCAGGUUCUGGUUCUAGUGUGUAAACCGUGGCUUGUUUUUCUUUUUCUUUUUUUUUUCUUGGAUAUAUUGCACACUGAAAGCAGUAUUCAUCUCUGUAAAUUUCACCCACAUGGUAAACACAAACUCAUUUGUGCAAGAACAGAAAACAGGUUUCAAAGUGAAAUAAAUAAAUCUGGCAAACUCUCCAA